AUGUCAAAGCUUCGUUCCAUAAUAAUACCUCCAUCUGUAAAGUCUAUAGGUGAAAGAGCUUUCUUUGGCCUAUCAAAUUUAAAUACUUUGAAAAUUUAUGGAAAUCCAACCAUUGGGGCUGAUUCAUUUAAUGGAACUAACAUUGUUUGCGGUAUCACAUGCUAUGAAGAUCUAGUUCCUUCUCUUAUUUCAAAUGGGAUUAAACAAAAAUCAUUUGAAAUUUGUUGCCGAUCAAUUGCCCAAGUCAGACAUCCAGGAUUUAAUUUCAUUUCAUUAACUUUAAAUGCAUUUGUUAUUAUUGUAAUGUAA